CACUUCUUCGACCGCGGCUACGAGAAGGGGCUGCGCUGGUACAGGGAGGCUGCCAGAAGUUCCAGGACUGAAUAUUUAUCACGACCUUGCAGGCCUGCUGGCUUUCUCGGCAAAACCUUGAUCCAAACGAAACCUGUCUAUGUUGCCAGUCUGAUGCCUUCUUAUGUCUCCAGACUGUGGGGUAUUUCAGGGAUUCGAAGGAACCUGAUGCCGCGGACCCUGGAGGGCCAAAUCACAAUGGAAAAGACCCCGAGUUACUUUGUGACCAAGGAGGCCCCGAAGCGUAUUUACAACAUGUCCAGGGACACCAAGCUGAUCGUGGUGGUGAGGAACCCGGUCACCAGGGCCAUCUCGGACUACACACAGACACUGUCCAAAAACCCCACCCUGCCCAGCUUCCAGGCCCUGGCCUUCAAGAACGUCAGCACGGGUCUCAUUGACACCAGCUGGAGCGCGGUGCGGAUCGGCAUCUACGCCAAGCAUUUGGACAACUGGCUGCAGUAUUUCCCCCUCUCGAGAUUCCUCUUUGUCAGCGGGGAGAGACUGGUGAGCGACCCGGCGGGGGAGAUGGGCCGGGUGCAAGACUUUCUGGGUCUCCAGAGACUUGUGACGGAGACGCACUUCUAUUUCAAUGAGACCAAGGGCUUUCCCUGCCUGAAGAAGCCGGAAGGCAGCGGCCGGCCUCGCUGCUUGGGGAAGUCCAAAGGGCGGCCUCAUCCAAAAAUCCACCCGCAGGUGAUCCAGCGCUUGCAGGAGUUUUACAGACCCUUCAACAUGAAGUUCUAUCAGAUGACCGGGCAGGAUUUUGGGUGGGACUGAAAUCUCCCCGGGCCGUUGGCUUUCUACGCGACGGUGGGGAGAGAGGGCAGCUAAUCCCCUGGGCGGUCCGGCGGGGCCUUUUGCACGUUGGGUGCCAAGUUACCCAGGGACGCUAGCAUAGGAGUAUCCCAGGCAAACUUCUGAAAGACUUUCCCUGUGUUCUAAUUUAUAUCGGACCCGUUCCUGGCGAGAAACGUACAGUUCCUGAGCAGGGAGAAAUAUUUAAGAAAGAAAAACCAAGCCAAACAAACAAACAAAAACCCGACCCCAGAGCAUAUGAAAUAUUCUUCCAUAUCAGUUUUGCUGGUCUAUAUUAACCAGGACGGUUUUCCCAUGGGGAGGGGGAGAGUGUGUGUGCGCCUGGGUGGGUGUGUGUAGUGACAAAGAGUCACAAUAAAGCUUUGCAAACCCGAACUGGCCUCCGAAUGCUGCUCCUUCGCUGACCCUGCGGAGAAGGCUGGAACAUUCACGACCAGCCUCCCCGGGCCUUUUCACUAGCAGAGGAAUGGGACCCAGUCACCCAGCUGUGUGUGGUUACUGGAGGCCUUUCUUACAAGGAGAAGCCAGGAAAAUAACAACGGCAGCCGGGUUCGAAGCUGCGUUUCAGCGAUGUAGCUUCCAAGGGGCUAGACUGAUUUUAACCCAGCUCGGCAUCUCUCACCAGAUAUUCAAACCCAAGUGACAUAGGGUAAUAACGUGCUGUCAUCGAAUCAUAGAAUCCCAGGCUGGAAGAGACCUCAAGAGGUCAUCAAGUCCUGCCCCCUGCCCAAAGCAGGACCAAUCUUAUGGGCCUGAUGUUACUCCUGCCUUGGGAGCCGAUGGGAUUUUGGCCAUUGACUGUAUUGCAGGCAAUAGCACGCCCCAGAUUUAAAAAAAAAAUGUAUUUCCCUAUUACUUUUUAUGCUGUUUGUUUUUCCUUUUGUGCAUCACUCAGUUGGGGCCGUGCACUGUGGCCUAGCUCAGCGGUGGACAAUAGCUGGCCCAUGGGCCGGAUGUGGUUCGCCAGGGUUAGCCCGUGGCAGGCUACUGACGCUUGAUUUCCCUGCGCCUCCGCAGCUACAGCCUCUUGCAGCUCCCAGUCGCUGUGGAUCGUUGUUCCCGGCCAAUGGGAGUGGGGGAAAGUGGUGUCCCGGACUGGGCCGUAUCCCACAGCUCCUGUUAGCCAGGAACGACGAAUUCUGUGGCUAUACCUGCUGAGAGGCAGGUAAAUAAAGCGCCGGUGCCCUGCCAGGGGCGGCCUGUGAGCCUAGGCAGUUGCCUAGGGUGCCAGCAGCCCGGGCACCCGAUGAUGACGUCACAGGGCGCCCGAUGAUGACGUCACGGCCCUUGAUGGCCAUGCAGGCGGGGGCGUUGAUCGUGCCUUCCGCCUGGGGCACCAGCUGCCGCAGCCGGCCUCGGGCUGCUCCUGCCAGGAGCUAACUCUGGUGAACUGCAUCUGACUUAUUGCCCAACUCUGCCCUCGAUCCUCAAAAGUAUUUAGUCACCUGACUCCCCUCCACAUGCCUUUGAGGCGCCAGGCCUUUGUUUCUAGUCGGUUUCACUUUCCAAUUUUUUGUGCCUACUCCCAGCAAGUUUGUUUUUUAGUUUUCCAAGCUUCAAGCUGCUGUGGGCGUCGUCCUCUUCCCAAAGCUCUUUUUUUUUUUUAAUGAAAUUGGCCAAUAAAUAAAAUAAAACAUUGUGUGUG